UUGUUGUGGUUCCUGUGUCUGCAGCAGGUUCCUGAUCUUCUUCACUCAGGAUGGACCUCACCUCCCUCCUCCUCCUCCUCUUCCUCUCCUCUCUUUGCUGCUCCUGCUGCUUCGGGGCUGCUCCUCCGAACUUUGUCCUGGUUUUCGCCGAUGAUUUGGGUUUCGGGGAUCUGGGCUGUUACGGACACCCCACCUCUCUCACCCCGAACCUGGACCGUCUGGCCGCGGGAGGACUCCGCUUCACCGACUUCUACGUCACCAGCCCGGUCUGCAGCCCGUCCAGAGCUGCGCUGUUGACGGGACGUUACCAGACUCGCUCCGGCAUCUACCCAGGAGUGUUGUACCCAGGCUCUAUAGGCGGUCUUCCUCUGAACGAGACCACCAUCGCUGAGGUCCUGAAACCUCUGGGCUAUGCCACAGCUGCCGUGGGAAAGUGGCACCUGGGAAUUGGGGUCAAUGGGAUGUUUCUUCCAACCAAGCAGGGGUUUGACCAGUACAUGGGGAUCCCUUACUCCCAUGACCAGGGCCCCUGUCAGAACUUGACUUGUUUCCCUCCAGAUGUGAAGUGUUUCGGACUUUGUGAUGUCGGCGCAGUAACCGUCCCGCUAAUGUACAAUGACGUCAUCAAGCAGCAGCCGGUCGACUUCCUGGAUCUGGAGCAUAAGUACAGUGACUUCGCGACCAACUUCAUCACCACAUCGGCCGAGAAGAAUCAACCUUUCUUCCUCUACUAUCCCUCUCAUCACACCCACUACCCCCAGUAUGCUGGUCCAGGGGCCGCUGGGAAGUCUUUAAGGGGCCCAUUUGGAGAUGCUCUGCUGGAGUUUGACAACACUAUUGGAAGCAUACUGACAGCCCUGGAGAAGACAGGAGUCAUCAACAACACUCUGGUCUUCUUCACUUCAGACAAUGGACCUGAGCUGAUGCGUAUGUCGCGUGGCGGUAACGCUGGCCCUCUGAAAUGUGGGAAAGGCACCACAUAUGAGGGAGGCAUGAGGGAGCCAGCCAUCGCGUACUGGCCAGGUGUCAUCCAACCAGGUGUGACUCAUGAGCUGGCCAGCACUCUAGACAUCCUCCCCACCAUCUCAACUCUGGCAGGAGCCAAACUGCCGCAGGUGAUGCUGGAUGGAAUCGAGAUGACGGAGAUACUUGUCAAACACGGAAAGAGUAAAAGGGAGAUGAUGAUGUUCUACCCCACAGACCCCAGUGAGAUGUAUGGUCUGUUUGCUCUGAGGUUUGGGAAGUACAAGGCCCACUACUACACUCAAGGUGCCAGCCACAGCAGCACGACCCCGGACAUAGACUGCCAAGUAUUCACUGUUCUCAAGGCCCACGACCCCCCUCUGCUUUUCGACCUGGAGCAUGACCCCUCUGAGAACUACCCUCUCUCUCUGGAGGGGAAACCCGACCUCCAAGCCCUGCUGGAGAGGAUGAAGAGAGUCAAGCAGCAGUUUGAAGCCUCCAUGGUGUUUGGGCAGAGCCAGAUAUCAAAAGGAAGAGACCACAACCUGGAGCCGUGCUGCAAUCCUGAGUGUACCCCCAAACCCAGCUGCUGCCGGUGCUGAUGGGACAGAUGUGUGGGGGAGGCUGAAGCUACUGCACUGAUUUUACUGUGCAAAGUGCUCAAAGCUCGAAAAGAUGUGAUUUUUGAAAUUAUGCAAUUCAGCUACUUGUUUUUGGAAUGUUAAAGUUUCAGUACGACACAUGCUGAAAAGUGAUUUUGCAAAUAAUCUGUUUUCCUCUGUGAGGAAAAUAUUUUUUGUGUGUUAAUAUUGAUUAUAUUUUAAAUUAGAAGAGCAACCAGAGUAGGAAAGGGCUAACACUCUAUCUUACUAUGUUAAAGGCAGUGGAAUAUUCAUGGCUACACACAUUUAUCUGAAUCUACCAUUCUUCCGUGGGUCAUUCCCGGCUCCUACACAAAAUUUCAAGUUUCAGUCGUUUUUGUGAAAUCGUGCAAACUAAAAAACUUUGUUUGUUUGUCUGUUAGUAGGAUCACGCAAAAAUGACUACUAUUACCUGGUGGAAGGUUGUGUUACGGGUUUGGAAAGAACCCUUAAAAUGUUCAGGGGGCCAAUCCAGAAUUGUUGGUUUGUGAGAAAACAUUUUAGUUGAUUUCCCAGAUAAAUAUUAAUGGAUCUUGAUUUAAAAAACCAGGGGACUGAUUCGGUGCAGAUCAGAAAAAAUCGGGAUACAGUGAAUUUAAAUGUCUUAUUUUUACUUUCAUAAGGGGACUUUGGGGCCUUGGUGGAGAUUCUGUCUUUAACUGCCACUCUAGUUAUAAUUGAUCCAUUUUGAAAUGUUAAGUUCAACAUUCUUUAUCAUCAUAAGUUUUUCAAUAUUAAUAUGGAGGUAUUUGUAAAAAUGUUUUGCAGGACAUUUCAAUCACACAAACAAAGAGUGGAUGCUAACAAUAAAGACAACACAAAAGC